CCUUAGCUUUCGACGACACGACAACGACCUGCGAUUGACGACCUCUUUAUAGUAGCGAGCUAGCGAGCAAGCGCUCAGAAUACCCUUGUACCCGUACCACUACUCACGACCUCGUCCGAGACCAUGGACCACCCCGGCGGCAACAGCAGCAGCGGCGGCGGCGGCGUCUAUGGGAUGUUCGGCUCAGCGGCGCAACACCUCGCCUCAUCCCCCUCAACCUCAAGAUCGCAGCAUGGUGACCCUUACACGUCCUCAUCUGGCGGCCCAUCAGCGCCCUGCUCAGCCGCCGCCUUCGACUGGGACGACAUGACCGGCGCCGGGUCUAGCAGUGGCGGCUCGAGCAAAGCUUUGGACUUGGUAUUUGUGAUGGACUGCACAGGGUCGAUGGGAAGCUACAUUGCCUCUGCGACCAAUCAUAUCGAGACGAUAUGCGAUAACAUCAAGCAGAGCGAGCAACUGUCUGCGCCUGGAGCCUUGCGAGUGGGACUCGUAGCCUUCCGCGACCACCCACCGCAAGACUACAGCUAUGUGACUCGCUCUUCACCCUUUACCUCAGAGGUGUCCGUAAUCAAAGAGAGGCUACGCGAGCUUUACGCCUCUGGCGGUGGAGAUGGGCCUGAAGCCGUAACCGCAGCGCUGAAAGCCGUGCUGGACAUGGCCUGGCGUCCCUCAGCUACGCGGCUGGCAGUCGUUAUCACAGAUGCUCCGCCGCAUAGCAUUGGAGAAUAUGGGGACGGCUUCCCGAAUGGAGAUCCUUCCGGAGAGGACCCGCUUGUGCUCGCAAGGCAGAUGGCGGAGAUGGGGAUUUCAUUGUUCAUGGUUGCCUGCGAGCCGGCGCUGGCUGCUUACACUAAUGCAGUCGACUUCUACCAGGGCUUGGUCCGGAUCACCUCCGGCCUUAUGGUGCCUCUCACAACGGCCUCGCUGCUGACAUACGUCAUCAUCGCUGCGGCAGGAGAAGCCAUGGCCCUCGAUCGUCUGCACCGCGAGAUAGGCGAUGAGGUCGCAGAACGGCUACGCUCGCUCAGCCUCGCGGGCGCCGGCGCCGACCCAUCAGCCCAAGCUGCAGCUCCGCCUCCUCCUUCCGACCUACUGAUGGACGAAGUAGCGCGCGACCUCCAUCAACGCCUUCUCUUGCGCAACGAGUCCACGAAGCAGAUCGUCAUCGAGAGCAUCUACCGUGAGACGGAAGAUUCGCGCAAUAAUGUCGAGGUGUGGAGCACAGCGCCCGACGUGGGGGCGGCGCGACCUCAUGUGACCAAGGUGUAUGGGUCACGACUCAAUGACCGGUAUUUGUCAACAAGGAGAGCGAAUGCCAGCUUGGCAAGUAGAGGAUCGGCCCCUUUUCCUGGCUCUGGAGCAGGCGGAAGGUCAGGAGGCUCAACUGGGUCGUGGAGCACGGUGGGGGCUGGAGGUAGGGUGGUGCCUGGCGCACUUGGUGGCAGCAGCAGCGGCAGCAGCAGCAUCACUGGUGGGAACGAGCGCAGCGGCUCAUCACGCCAGGUCGUCUCCGACUUCUCUGCCUUCAGCGCUUCAGGCUCGCUCAGCUUCGGCUCACCACCACAAGCAGACUCGCCAGCGCGCUUUGGUGGGAAUAAUGCGACAUGGACGGGCGGAGGCGCAAUGCGUGGGAACCAGGCGCGCGGAAUGGACGAUGAUGAUGACGAUGAUGCAGCGGGGCAGGAGGAUAAGCCCUUGCCCGUGGCGGUUGAGUCGGAGGAAGGCGGGAUGGAGGUAGCGGGCGAUGAUGGGUCGCGGCUGAAGUUCAGAAUGGGGGCGAUCAGCUUGGAUCAGGCAAAGAGGCUCGCGAGGCAGAGCGCGUAUAGGCGGGCAUGAGGUGGUGUCGCAUUCACUGUGUGCUCAUGGCAGGCAUACAUUCACCCAAUUGCAUUCAAUGGAUCACCUCCGCCAUCCUCACCACUCGCGUCAUCGGUGUUGCCGCCGAUUACGUACAUGGAAGCCAACAACGGGCAAGAAAUGGAUUGCUGUCGCUCUUGCCAGGGGUUGAUUAGCACGCCCAAACAAAUGUGAUCUUCCAGUGGCUCGAUUGAUUUCAAGGUACCAGUACUGGCAUCUCGGCGGGCUGGCUGUGCCGUGACUGUUUACACAUCACAUUGUCGACAUGUGCUUUGCUCUCGUCCAUCUCGCAACGCUAUUCUGCUUCCUUUUCUCCAUCUCUCACCAGCCUCUAACGCUACAGACCGCCAUGCAGCCGAGAGAUUCACAUCUUGAGCAUUGCGAUCGAGGUCCAAUAUGGGAGGAGCUGGA